GGGGUCUCCUCCGUGAGCUCCGGGCCUGUUUGCCUGCUGAAGUAGAGUCUUAGGGUGACCCCAGGGGGACGUAAUGUUUCCGAGAAGAAGGACAGAAAGAAGACUGGGAGACACCGGAACUCGAAAGAAAAUCGCAUACAGAAAGGCUGUACCUGGAGGAAGGAAGUGCGGAGCCAGCCUGAGUUGGGAGAAGAGCUCCAGAGAGUGUGAAUGACAGAGGUGGUGCCAUCCAGCGCGCUCAGCGAGGUCAGCCUGCGCCUCCUCUGCCACGAUGACAUAGACACUGUGAAGCACCUGUGUGGCGACUGGUUCCCCAUCGAGUACCCAGACUCAUGGUAUCGUGAUAUCACGUCCAACAAGAAGUUCUUUUCCCUUGCUGCAACCUACAGAGGUGCCAUUGUGGGAAUGAUAGUAGCUGAAAUUAAGAACAGGACCAAAAUACAUAAAGAGGAUGGAGAUAUUCUAGCAUCCAGCUUCUCUGUUGACACACAAGUCGCGUACAUCCUGAGUCUGGGUGUCGUGAAAGAGUUCAGGAAGCACGGCAUAGGUUCCCUCUUACUUGAAAGUUUAAAGGAUCACAUAUCAACCACCGCCCAGGACCACUGCAAAGCCAUUUACCUGCAUGUCCUCACCACCAACAACACAGCAAUAAACUUCUAUGAAAACAGAGACUUCAAGCAGCACCACUAUCUCCCCUAUUACUACUCCAUUCGAGGGGUCCUCAAAGAUGGCUUCACCUAUGUCCUCUACAUCAACGGCGGCCACCCUCCCUGGACGAUUUUGGACUACAUCCAGCACCUGGGCUCUGCACUAGCCAGCCUGAGCCCCUGCUCCAUUCCGCACAGAGUCUACCGCCAGGCCCACAGCCUGCUCUGCAGCUUCCUGCCAUGGUCGGGCAUCUCUUCCAAGAGUGGCAUCGAGUACAGCCGGACCAUGUGAUGUCGGCUGGGCAGCCGCCACCAGGCCCCACCCUUCGGCCCCCUGCA